AUGAAGUGCGGUGGUAGGGUCGGUGCCCUGCUCGUCGCGGCUGCGAGCGUGGCUCUCGCUCAAAACAACAAUUGCUAUGAAGAAAAGGGUAAUUGGUACUGCGAUCCGGUCCAGGCCAUCUCAUACUCGAAUUUCGGCACCGCGGGCCAGUACCAGAGGGUGGCAAGCAUGGGAGCGAACGGGGCUUGUGAUUUCGCAGCACAGAGCUAUGGAGGAGGGAUGGCGCCCAUGGAUGGAGAGAUAUCAUGGCACUUCCGUGGGCCGAUUCAUUUGAAACAGUUCGCAUUCUACACUCCUGGCUCCGAUAACACAAAGCGGUCGCUGGAACCCAACCCUCAACAGCGGUCACACUUGCACAGACAUCUACACAAUCACAAGGGUCACGGGGCCAAUGAAUUCGGUGGCGCAGGGCAUGUGGAGGAUAAACGUGGUGUCGGAGACUGGAUCACGGCCACUAUCAAUGGAGACGUCGUGUCAUGGAAGAAUCAGUACGCAGGGGCCGGCGCCGGAGCAGCAGCUGCAACACCUGCACCUGGGUCAGGAAGUCCUGCACACCCUCCCGCUCCUCCCAAAGCAAGUAUGAAUGCAGGCUCGGGCCAGUGGGGAAGACAGGCCUAUUAUGCUGCGGAACAAGGCGUUGCGGAUGGACUUGUCUUCUUGAACCACCACGGCGGACAGGGUUCAGGUGUAUUUGACACCGUAUGGGGAUUGUCGCUAUCCUACGCCUCAGCAGAUAACAGUGCGGGUGUUUCGUCUCCGGUCCCACUGGCAGACGUUUUGGUCCCGGAUAACAGCGAGUACGUCAUCAUGACCGACCGUCCAUGCUCGGAUGGCUCCUGUGGGACAGUCCGGGAUGGAACUGUUGCCUACCAUGGCUUCGAUGGUCCUUCCAAGCUCUUUCUGCUUGAAUUCAGUAUGCCCCUGUCCGGCAACACUGGGUUCAACGGCGACAUGCCUGCAGCAUGGAUCUUAAACGCUCAAAUUCCUCGCACAAUUCAGUAUGGAAGUUGCUCGUGCUGGAGUUCCGGAUGCGGUGAGUUCGAUGUCUUUGAGGUUCUGGACCCCGGCAAUCAGAAGUGCAAGUCUACCUGGCACGGGGUCAAAGCCAAAGGCGACUCGAACUGGUUCCAGCGGCCCAUCAACGGAUUCACAAAGGCCGCAGUAGUGUUCGACGGGAGCGCAGGCACUGCACAUAUUGUGGUUUUGCCCAACGGAACAAACUUUACUGAGAGCAUCUCGGCGGACAUUGUGGCUGGGUUCGUCAACUCGGUUCAAGAUCCAAGGUUAAACAUUCACGUCGUUUUGGACAGUUGA